AUGGCGUCAAACACAUUGUUUGAAGAUCGUUUUGUUAUAAGCAGUGUAGAUAAUUCUAAGUUUGAAAAAGUGAGCAGAAUUAAAGCGAAAAGCACGGGUUAUGACGCAGAAUUAAUUCUUGAUGUCCAUUCGGAGUUGUUUAAAGUAGAAGAAAAGAAGGCUAUUUACUUAGCUCUUCAAGACAACUUUUUGGGAAGAAAUGAAAAUAGCUCAUGGGAGGAAGGUGAAAACGUUUCUUUGAAUACUGUUGAGUACAUUAUGAGUGGAAGGAUUUUUAAGUUUGAAGAAUUGUCCUCAGAAAGGAGGACUGUUUAUGCUUCCUUUGGUGGACUCAUGAUGGCAUUAACAACUGAUAAACAGUUUAUUGGAGAUCUUGAGGUUGAUAUGAAAAUUUACCUGCUCACAAAAAAUGUAGACAUCGAAAGGGUAUGA